GGAGAACUUCUUUAUUUGUACCUGGGGAUUUCAGAUGAGGCCAUUAGUUCAGUUCUGGCAGAUUCUGCAGAAACCAGAGUGCUCUGGAAGACUAAUUAAGUGGGCAGUAGAGCUGGGAGAGUUUGAGAUAACAUUUCAGCAGAGAUCGGCCAUCCGAGCUCAAGCAUUAGCAGAUUUUAUUGUCGAAUGCACCCCAUGUCCUUCAACCUCUAAUCCAGAGCCCAACGAGUGGACCUUAUAUGUUGACGGGGCAUCUAGUAGCAAGGGUUCUGGGGCUGGCGCUCUUUUGAUUGGUCCAGAGGGAUAUCAAAGCGAACAUGCCCUGAAGUUCAAUUUCGAUGCAACAAAUAACAUGGCUGAAUAUGAAGCUCCACUACUUGGUUUACAGCUAGCAUUGGAGUUGAAAAUCAGAACAAUUCAAGUCUACAGUGACUCCCAGUUGGUGGUAAACCAAAUUAACUCAAUCUAUGAAGUUGUUGAUCCUGUGAUGGUAAAGUAUGUAACCUUGGUGGCCGACCUGAAGUGCAAAUUCCAGAAAUUCUGUCUGAGUAAAAUUCCCCGAGCUGAGAAUGAACAGGCAGAUUUGCUUUCUAAGUUUGCCUCUGAUAGCUCUUUAAGUUCCAGAUCCGUUUUUGUAGAGAUCUUAGAUGAACCCUGACACACUAAGCUGGACUGACUCAAUUAUCUCCUUUCUACGAGAUGGAAUAGUACCUGAGGACAGGCAGGAGGCAAUGAAGUUGAGGAAGAAAGCAUCUCAGUAUAC